AUGGAUGAAGGCCGUGAAGGAGCUCCGAAAAAAAUAGAUGUGGAUAUUGCAGACAAGCCAGAUAUUUCAGUUAUGGAGGCGGGUCCAUUGACACAUGAUGUCCUUUAUGAUCAAGAGCGCCACCGAUCCGCGAAGAUAGACGCUAGGGAGGCCCCGAGUAUUACUGUUGUUGAUCAUACCCGUGCAUACUCUAGCUGGGAGUUGAUGGAUCCACAGAUACAGCAUUAUGUGCGUCAAGUCGGCUUUUUUGAAUGUUCACAACUUAAAUGGGUAAGACAUGAUUGGGCACUUUUGACGGCAUUGGUUGAACGAUGGAGGCCUGAGACAAAUACUUUCCAUCUGCGCCAAGGAGAGGCGACGAUUACCUUGCAGGAUGUUGGAGUUAUACUUGGCCUCAGAGUAGAUGGUGAGGCAAUGACGGGCACCGAUGACUUCAACUAUGUCAGGGCGUGUGAAGAAUUGUUCGGUCACUGUCCUACAAUGAAGGGGGGAAAGAUCAAGCUCGAAUGGUUAAGGAAUAACUUUAUGAAUGUACCGAUCGAUGCGACUGAUGAGAUCAUUAAGAGCUAUGCCCGUGCAUAUAUUUUACAUAUGAUCGCGACUGAUGAGAUCAUUAAGAGCUAUGCCCGUGCAUAUAUUUUACAUAUGAUCGGUACUAUUCUGUUUUCGGAUUCCACUAUGGAUUCCGUGCACAUGAGAUGGUUACCGCUUCUUGGGAACCUAUCGGAGUGUGGAGAGUUAUUUUGGGGGAGUGCAGUAUUAGCCUACUUGUAUAGAGAGAUGACGAAAAUAGCACUCGUACAAAACAAAGAAUUGAAGGGCUACCUCACUUUGCUGCAGAUAUGGUCAUGGGAGCGAUUGCAUUUGGGAACACCUGAUUUGAGGGAGGCCCGUGCUCUCGAUGGCCAUAUUCCGUUAGGCUGCAGAUAUUAUUAA